GCACACAACAUUGUGUAGAAACCAUUAGGGGACAGUUCAUAUAACCUGAUCUGUCAAAAACUAUCCUAUAUAUAUCGAUGUAAUAAUAACAUAAUAAAUUGUAGAGAAUCAUAGAGAGUCAUAGAGAAUGCUGGUUUAUAUGGCAUGAGAAUUGUGCAGCUAUCAUAAUUGUUUAUUGAAAUCAGAAUAUUACUAACGAAUAAUUGAAUAAAAUAUAUUAGCGAGAGUAGAAACAUAUUUAACUUGGUUCACGUAACAUUUGCAAUUUAAUUUCAUUGUAUUCGGAAAGAAACUAGUAAUGCGUGUAUAAAUUCAUAAUGGCUUCCGAGGACGUCAUUUCUAAUACAGCUUCUUCGGAAGAGACUGGACAACCAGUUACCAGUACCUUGCAACAAGAAAGUAAUAAGGAUGCAAAUUCAGCUAACAAUAAGCCACAGACUCAAGUAAAUCGAACAAGUAAUCUCCAAAGGAUACACCAACGCAAACAGCAGACGUACAGCUGGCCGCAAGAAAAGAAAUUAUUAAAGCUUGCAAAUUACAGUGCUUGUCAAGUGGAGGAAUGCAAAUGCACAGGCUGGAAAAAUGCGCAGCCAAUUAUAAAAUCACCAAAGGGUGAGAUACAGCAGCCUGUUAUAAAUUUUUUUGAUCCAUGCAAGAUGUGCACUCAUCCUUUAGAAAAUCACAUCAAACAUCUACCUGUUCAUUCUGAGGAAGAAAUCAAUAGAUUAUUGGGAAUGACUAUCGAUGCGGACAAUAUUUUUGCAUGUACGCACAGGGAGGCAGAUCCUGAUACCAAGAAAGUAUAUAUUUAUUUGUAUAAAUUGUUGAGAAAUUGUAUUCUGUCUAUGACAAAGCCAACAGUGGAAGGUCCAUUAGGGCAGCCACCAUUUGAGAAACCUAACAUAGCGAGAGCAGUAACAAACUUUGUUUUGUAUAAAUUUAGUCAUUUGCCACAGAAAGAAUGUGUGGCUAUGUAUGACUUGGCAAAAAUGCUUUUACACUGCCUGAAUUUUUGGAAUUUUGAAGCACCUAGUGCCAGACGGUUGACAAUUAAUGUGGAUGAAGCUCCCACUUACAAAAUCAAUUAUACCCGCUGGCUCGUUUUUUGUCACGUGCCUGCAUUUUGUGACUCCUUGCCGCAUUACGACACUCCUUUGGUUUUUGGGAAAACUCUAUUACAAGCUGUCUUUAGAUCAGUUUGCAGACAAUUAAUGGAUAAGUGUAAUAAUGAAAGAGACAGAAUAGCACCGGAGAAAAGAGUUUUAGUUUUAACGCAUUUUCCCAAAUUUCUUUCCUUGUUGGAAGUAGAAAUUUACUCUGAUAACUCUCCCAUUUGGGAUCCUGAAUUUAAACCACCUCUGCCUUCUCACGUUCAAACUGCCUUGGAAACAAAGGCGCAUCAAGGAAGGAAAACUGGAGAAUUUGAGAAGGUUACUGUUGCUCCGAAUGAGAAAGACAAUUUUACAACAAUAAAUAUUAGCCCUGGAGUUAAGAAAAUCCAGGAGAAACGUCCUAACGAAAGUCGUCUUGAUGCAAAGAGGCGAAAAAAUGAAGAAACUUUUGAGGAUCUGCCAGCUGAAACUAUUGCUGAAAUUGUUGAAUCUAUUAAUGACACUAAUUAUAUGUCUGGUUCUGAUGCAGUAUUUCCACCAAACGUGCCACGGGACGAAACCGCCAAGAUGGAAGAAAGUAAAAAGAUAAUAGAGUUUCAUGUAGUCGGAAAUAGCCUUACACGACCAGUGUCUAAACAGACUAUGCUUUGGCUAAUAGGACUACAAGAUGUGUUCAGCCAUCAAUUACCAAGAACUCCCAAAGAAUACAUUACUCAGCUUGUUUUUGAUCCAAAGCAUAAAACACUAGCCUUGAUAAAGGAUGGUCGUCCAAUCGGUGGGAUUUGUUUUUGCAUGUUUCCAAGUCAAGGUUUUACAGAAAUAGUGUUUUGCGCUGUUACGAGCCACGAGCAAGUAAAAGGCUAUGGGACGCACUUAAUGAACAUGUUAAAAGAUUAUCACAUUAAAAAUAACAUACUGCAUUUUCUUACAUUUGCGGAUGACUUCGCUAUUGGAUAUUUUAAGAAGCAGGGAUUUAGCAAGGAUAUAAAACUACCCAAAUCGGUGCACCAGGGAUAUAUUAAAUAUUACGUGGGGGCAACCUUAAUGCAUUGCGAACUGAAUCCGAAAAUUGUAUAUACCGAAUUUACAGCAGUUAUCAGGAAACAAAAGGAAAUAGUGAAAAAGCUAAUUCACCAGAGACAUCAGGAAAUACAGAAAGUGCAUCCCGGUUUAACGUGUUUUAAGGAAGGUUUAAGGGGCAUCCCCAUCGAGUGUAUUCCAGGAAUUCACGAAACCGGAUGGAAAAGUUGCGCUCAAACUAGAACGAGGGGUGUGACAAAAGGAAUGCAAGGUCCAGAACCGAUAGAUACGAGUUUAGAUAUGCCAGAUUCUCUAUGUAAUACAUUAAAUGGUGUUCUGAACAGUGUGAAAAAACACAGCACAGCGUGGCCUUUUUUGGAACCUGUAGAUAAGAAUGACGUUCCAGAUUACUACGAUCACAUAAAAUAUCCUAUGGAUCUCAAGACGAUGCAAGAACGCUUGAAUUCGGGAUACUACGUAAUAAAGAGAUUAUUUAUAGCAGAUAUGUUACGGAUUUUCAUCAACUGUAGAUUGUAUAAUAGUCCUGACACUGAAUAUUACCGUUGUGCCAAUGCCUUGGAAAAAUACUUUCAAACGCGUAUGAAAGAAGUCGGACUUUGGGAUAAGUAGAAUUUUUAAGACUAUUAUAAUAGCAACAAUGUUGGCAAUGAUGACUUCCUAAUUUAUUCUUAUUAUAAAGUAUUAUUGCUUGACAAAGAAGGUCCAUAUCUUGAAAUCAUACUGCUUUUUGUGCAAUAUUUGUAUAAAGAGUAAAUUAAAUAGAUAUCUACACAUGUGUGGAAGUAUGUGUUGGAAUAAUUAAAAAAUAGAUGAGAGAAAUUUUUAUGUCCGUAGUACUGCGUGUUCUUCGAGUAUCUCUCAUUUUUUGUGUUCUUUAAAAUGUGUUUUAUUACAUUUGUUUCAAUUGAUGUUUUCAGAUACUUACAUAUAUAUUCUGAGAUGCAUCUCACGUUAAUUGAAUAUGUACAUGCGCGUGUAUAUGUGUGUAUUUAAAUGCAUUUAGCUGCAGAGCAGAUAUAGCUUAUCCAAUCUUAAUCACAUAUUUCACAUAUUGAUUAUGCGAAUUAUUUAUAUAUGUGGCCUUUUUAAUAUGUUACACUAUGUAGCAUUACGAUGUUAAAAAUAUCAAGAAUGGUUUAUGCAAAAACUUUAGACUGAGGUGGAUACUUAAUUUCACAGCCUAAUUAAUAUCAUUAGUCGAGCAGUUAAUUAAGAAGCGUAAUACAGCAAUUAUAAAGAUCGCUCUAGUGGGUGAUCAGUCUACGGAACAGUAAAUCUCUGUAAUGCACGUUGGUUUGUAAAGUAUUCUUAAAGGAAUAAAGCUUGUUAUCUAGAAAUGACGUGAAUGAGAUAGAAUAACAGCAGUCAAAUUUGCGUUAUACGUUAGAUAUGUUCUUAUCAAAAUUAGUAUACAUAUAUACAUGUGUGUGUAUGGGUGUGUGUGUGUAUAAAUAUAUAAAAAUUUUGAUAAGAAUGUUUUGAUCAUGUUAUUAUGAAUUGAUAAUAUAAAUUGUUUGAAUAAUUCUACAACACAGUAAUAAAGGAUAAUAAAACUUAAAA